UGCAAAUCUGUCACUACUGAUUUUACAAAAUCACACGCUGGAUGGAAAGCUUUAGAUUCUUCCAAGACAUAUGCUUUUACUAAGAAUGGCCUUGAAUUGAAAUUACUCAAGCCCAAAAAAUAUAUUCGCAAGAUUGACAAGGCUACAAACUUACCCUAUAACGUUUAUCCUGGUGAAGGAUCCACCUUCAAUUAUACUACUUACCUUCAAUAUGGUUCUUUUUCUGCUACGAUGAAACCUUCUACUGUGGGUGGUGCUGUUACAGCAUUCAUUGGUAUUGGUAAUGGUGGUGAUGAAAUCGAUUUUGAAUUUUUGGGUGGCAAUAGUCAAAAUAUUCAAUCCAACUACUUCUGGGGUAAAAAGAUUGUUUAUGGUAUCAAUGGUGGUGUCCAUCCCCUUCCUGGAAACGCUUUACCUGGUUCUGCUUAUCACACUUAUACUAUUAAUUGGACUCCCACUCAAAUACAAUGGUCAAUCGAUGGCAAAAUCGUGCGUACUAAAACUCGAGCUAGUACCCGUGAUUCCAGAGGCCAAUAUGAAUACCCUACUGAACCUUUACGUAUUCAAUUGGGCAUAUGGGAUUCAUCUACUGUUCCUGGAACUGCUCAAUGGGCAAAUGGACCUAUUAACUGGGACAAGCAAAAGUCAAGUGUUAAAGCAUAUAUCAAGAAGGUGACGAUCACUUGU